AUGCCCGAUUACGGUCGUUUGCUUGUUCGUUCUGUCCAGCCAAUGGUGACUUUCCUGCCGGGAGCAAUUUUACACCUCAUUAGCGAACAUACACUCAUUUGCAAACUAAUUUGGUUUUUCGACAGACUCACCUGGAAUCCGGCUGAAUCUCUCGUUUGUGAUGUUCAACUGAAUGUGCUGCACCAGGCCGCCUCAUGUUUCAGUCGCUACGAUAUUCGAGAUAUCACGAUACAUCAACUUUAUGAAUACGAAUCUACAUGUAUCGCGAUAUCUCGAAUAUCGUAG